AUGCCUCGCACCGUUCGCAUAGCCGCUGCGCAAGUUGGCGCAAUCCACCGCACUGAUGCGCGUCAGUACAUACUGGAUCGACUUGUCAUUCUUCUCGAACGCGCUGUUGAGCAAGGCGCACAAGUUGUGUUAUUCCCAGAAUGCACUUUCACGACGUUCUUUCCCCGUUACUUCUUGACCGAUGAAACAGAGCUCGAGUCGUUCUUUGAACAUGGCGAUAUCAGUACCGCGGAGAAUACGAAGCGGAUAUUCGACAGAGCCAAAGAGUUGAAAACCGACAUCUGUAUCGGAUUCGCAGAAGCCACAGACCAAGGCGAUCACUACAACGCUUGUGUCUAUUACCACGCCAAGUCCGGAUCGAUCCUGUCGAAGUAUCGGAAGAUACACCUACCCGGAGAUGUCGAGCCCUUCCCUGAAGCUGAUGCAGUCAAUCAGCUCGAGAAGCGAUACUUCAAGCCCGGUAAUCUAGGCUUCAACGCCUUCCGAAUACCCGAUCUAAUUGAGCCCACAUCUGAACAUGGUGAACCCAUCUUUGGCAUGAUGAUCUGCAACGAUCGAAGGUGGGCGGAAGCUUGGAGAUGUUUGGGUCUCCAAGGCGUCGAAAUCGUUCUUGUUGGUUUCAACACACCGGGAUUCGCUCCACAGAUGUGGGGUGCAUCACCCGAUGUGAGUCCACAGGAAGCGCGUGCUGAGGCUAUUUUCCAUCAUAAGCUCGUCAUGCAGGCACAUUCGUAUACGAACGCGUGCUUUUCUGUUAGCGCAGCGAGAUGCGGAUUGGAUGAUGGAAAGUACGAUCUGGUGGGAGGUUCGACCAUUGUUGGGCCGGACGGGAAGAUCAUAGCCGAGAGCAAAACAGAAGAAGACGAAGUUAUCGUGGCGGAUUGCGAUCUUGAUCAAUGUUUGCCAGGAAAGACACGAACGUUUGACUUUGCAAGACAUCGGCGAACGGAACAUUACGGUGUCCUGACUGCUCAAACGGGGGUCAUCGAACCUCCGAGGCUCUCAACGCUGAGGCCCACUCGCAAUAGCGAAGGAAGUAUGCCGGGCGACUCUCAAAGUCAGAACCUGCAAUCAGUGACUGGCUCUGCUGGCGCCAAGCACAUCCGUAUCCUCCUCUGUAACCCCAACGCCACAUCAUCAAUGACGAACGCUUGCCUCGAGAUGCUCAAACCAACACUCCCACCCGAUAUCACCGUCUACGGCUUUACAGCCCCCAAACCAGCGCCAUCAGCCAUAGAAGGAAACUUCGAUAACAUCAUGUCUGCAGCAGCCGCAGCCCGAGCCAUCAUCCCGAUCGCGCACCAAUACGACGCUUUCCUUGUGGCCUGUUAUAGUGAUCACGCGCUUAUCAAAGCGCUCAGAGAAGAGCUGUCGAAGCCGGUUGUUGGCAUCAUGGAGGCGUCGCUAUUUGCCGCACGAACACUGGGUGGACGGUUUGGCAUUAUUGCAACGUCACGACGGUCGCAGUAUACACUGGAAGAUUCCGUGAAGAACUAUGGCCUAGAUUCUUUUUGUGUCGGUGCGCGAAGUUGUGAUCUUGGGGUCUUGGAACUGGAGUCGAAGCCUGAGGAAGAAGUACUUGACAUCAUGUGCGAUGUGGGCAAGAAGCUGGUUGGUGACGGUGCGGAUGUGUUGACGCUUGGAUGUGCUGGCAUGACGAAUAUGAAAGCUGCUGUUGAGGAAGCGGUUGGCGAGGAUGUUCAAGUGAUUGAUGGUGUGCUGGCUGGUGUUCAACAUUUGGCUGGUCUUUGUAGGCUUGGUGUGAGAACGGCUAAGAGAGGGAUGUAUACAAGUGCCGCGGAUGGUAGGAAGUGGAGGGGCCAGAAUUGGUACUGA